CGGGCUGACCCUGGCCCCAGAAGGGCUGUGUGGUGGGGGAGGCUGACUGCCUCAGCCUUGCAAGUUGGGGAUUACACCCCCAUACCCAGCUUUUUCAGUGUUAGCGGCCUGGCAUUCGUGACUGAAGCAGGGGCAGGCGUUGUUAGCACGGGUGCUGGGGAUGGAUGGGCUCGGGUCCACCGCUCUUGUCUCCAGUCCUCCAGGGACCAUCUAUGCUCAGACAGGCUCAGGCCGUCCCGGGGGCUCAGGCCCAGAGCCCAGAGCAACCAGCACCAUAGCGUCCAACAGCUGGACCGCCAGCAGCAGCCCCGGGGAGGCCCGGGAGGAUGGGUCCGAAGGCCUGGACAAGGGGCUGGACAACGAUGCCGAGGGAGUGUGGAGCCCGGACAUCGAGCAGAGCUUCCAGGAGGCCCUGGCCAUCUACCCGCCCUGCGGCCGGCGCAAGAUCAUCCUGUCGGACGAGGGCAAGAUGUACGGUCGAAAUGAACUGAUUGCACGAUACAUCAAACUGAGGACGGGAAAGACCAGGACGAGAAAACAGGUGUCCAGCCACAUACAGGUUCUAGCUCGGAAGAAGGUUCGGGAAUACCAGGUUGGCAUCAAGGCCAUGAACCUGGACCAGGUCUCCAAGGACAAAGCACUCCAAAGCAUGGCGUCCAUGUCAUCUGCACAGAUUGUCUCUGCCAGCGUCCUGCAGAACAAGUUCAGCCCGCCCUCCCCUUUACCCCCGGCUGUCUUCUCCACCUCCUCAAGGUUCUGGAGUGGCCCCCCUCUUCUAGGACAACAGCCUGGCCCGUCUCAGGACAUCAAGCCCUUCGCCCAGCCUGCCUACCCCAUCCAGCCUCCCCUGCCACCAACGCUCAACAAUUAUGAGUCCCUGGCCCCACUCCCCCCAGCCGCUGCCUCCGCUGCCUCUGCGCCUGCCUGGCAGGACCGCACCAUAGCCUCCUCCCGGCUCCGCCUCCUGGAGUACUCUGCCUUCAUGGAGGUGCAACGGGACCCCGACACGUACAGCAAACACCUGUUUGUACACAUCGGCCAGACAAACCCUGCUUUCUCAGACCCACCGCUGGAGGCAGUGGACGUUCGGCAGAUCUAUGACAAGUUCCCUGAGAAGAAGGGGGGGCUGAAGGAACUCUACGAGAAGGGGCCCCCAAAUGCCUUCUUCCUCGUCAAGUUCUGGGCUGACCUCAACAGCACAGUUCAGGAGGGCCCUGGAGCCUUCUACGGGGUCAGCUCACAGUACAGCUCGGCCGACAGCAUGACCAUCAGCGUCUCCACCAAGGUGUGCUCCUUCGGCAAGCAGGUGGUGGAGAAAGUGGAGACGGAGUAUGCCCGCCUGGAGAACGGUCGCUUCGUGUACCGCAUCCAUCGCUCCCCCAUGUGCGAGUACAUGGUCAACUUCAUCCACAAGCUGAAGCACCUGCCUGAGAAAUACAUGAUGAACAGCGUGCUGGAGAACUUCACCAUCCUGCAGGUGGUCACGAGUCGGGACUCACAGGAAACCCUGCUCGUCAUUGCUUUUGUCUUCGAAGUCUCCGCCAGCGAGCACGGGGCACAGCACCAUGUCUACAAGCUUGUCAAAGACUAGCGCACCUUUGAGGUCCACAAGGGUGCAAGGCGGACUUCUUCCACACACCUGCCUGCCUGGUCUCCCCGGGUGUGCGUUGGGGGACUCACCCACCCGUGGGUUUCAGGCUGGGACCCAGGCUGCCUCCCUGGCCCCAGCACACAUGCUCCCUGCCACUGUUCUGCGCUUUACUGGAGAGAAGAGGGCGGGCUCCGUGGUGAUGUGGCCUUCCUGGGCAUUGACCCACAGAUGACCGGCUCCACCAGGCCUCAAGUGACAUCAGUUGGGGAUGGAGGGCCCCUACCCUAGGGGAGUGUGAUGAGCAGGUGAGGGUAGAAUGGAAGCCAGAGAGAGGCAGCUUGUCAGGCUGCCCUGGUACAAGGUGUCAAGCUAGGGGCUGGGCUAACAAGGGCCCACAGCUCUGGGUACCUCCUGGGUACCAGCCUGUUCCCAGGUCCCUAGCACAGCAAACCUGGGUCUCCUGUAUCAGACAAAGUGCCAAGAAGGAGGCCCACAGAAGUGGGCAGAGCUAGAGCCCAGGUUCAGCUACCUCCCUAGGACAGGGCUGGCUACCGCAGAGGGGGCUGUCCUGGCAGAGUGGUACGGCUGGGCUGGAGGCUGGACAGGAUGCUGCCCCGUCCUCCCCAGCAAAUCAGCUAGCAGGCACCCCUCCAUUGUGGCAGGGACAGGGAGGCUGGAACUUGAAGAGCCCUUGUCUCCUCCCCCUCCCCUGCUUUGUCCACACCCAGGGUCAACUGUCCUGUCCCCAGGUCAACCUGGUAUUUAUGAGUGUCAAAUGAAGUACUGUGCCCCUCAUCCUGCCCGAGCUUUCCUGAAGGUCUUCACCGUUCACACACUGCUCAGGCCACCUCCAAACCCUACCUAGGUUUUAUAACUAUGUAUUUUUGUGUAUUUUUAAAAUCCAGCUGUGAUGGGCUAUAUUAUAAAUGGCUCAAGGCGGCAGGGGCCCCUGAAGGCCUGACUUCUGCUUAACAAAUUAAAAGCUGUUUCUGGGUCAGGACA